GAUUUUUCGUUGUUAUUUAUUUUUUCCCUUACAUCGGUAUCGGAAAAUUUUGCCUCUGAUCGUAGUGCUCGUUUUCUGUUAGGCCAUCGGAAAGUACGUCGUUUCCCCUAUUUUCUUGUAAAUAAUUCGUGGAAAACUUAUAAAUUGAAGAAACAGUUUGAGAAUAGUGUGUAUUUUGAGUGUAAUCGUUAUUCAUAACUUCAUUGUGCUCCGAUCAUGUCAAAAGUAGCUUACGACAGUGACCGAGAAAAAAUUCAAGAUUUUCUACAAACAUUCAAAGGAAAAGAUAAAGAUGGCCCUGUGUUUGUAUACGCUUCUCAAAUUACAAAUGUUGCUCAUCGUGAACAGGUUGAAUUGGUGAUUAAUGUAGAUGACUUGGAGGAAUUUGAUCCUGAGUUAGCGGAAAAAGUUUUAGAAAACACGAGACGAUACGCGAAUCUAUUCGCUGACGUAGUUCAAUCGGUUCUUCCCAACUACAAACAAAGAGAGGUGGCAGCGAAAGAUGCUUUAGAUAUUUAUAUUGAACAUCGGUUGAUGAUGGAACAAAGACAGCAUCAGAAUGGCGAGCAACGGGAUUCCCACAAUCGUUAUCCUCCGGAGUUGAUACGUAGAUACGAGGUGUAUUUCAAGGAUUCAGGAAGUCGUAAGAUUAUCCCCAUUAGAGAUGUGAAAGCCGAACAUAUUGGUCGAUUGGUAACAAUUAGAGGAGUUGUUAUGCGAUGUACCGAAGUAAAACCGAUGAUGGUGGUUGCUACGUAUUGUUGUGAUAUGUGCGGCGCCGAAACAUAUCAACCGGUAAAUUCGAUGUCUUUCAAACCGGUCACGAUGUGUCCGAGUCAAGACUGCCAGCUGAAUAAAUCCGGUGGGAGAUUACAUUUGCAAACUAGAGGAUCGAAAUUUAUGAAGUUUCAAGAGCUGAAAGUGCAAGAAUUGAGCGAUCAAGUUCCCGUAGGAAAUAUACCUCGUUCUCUAACAGUAUACUGUAGAGGAGAGAAAACUAGGCAAGCGUUACCAGGAGAUCACGUUUCUAUCACUGGUAUAUUUUUGCCUCUUUUGAAAUCUGGUUUUCGUCAAAUUGCGCAAGGAUUAUUAUCGGAAACUUACUUGGAAGCUCACGAUGUUCAAUGUUUGAACAAAUCAAACGAAGGCGGUUUGGACGACGAAUUAACCCCAGAAGAAAUUGAAGAACUCUCCAGUGGAGACUUUUAUUCGAAAUUGGCUGCUAGUUUGGCUCCUGAAAUAUACGGUCACGAUGACAUAAAGAAAGCUUUACUUUUAUUACUCGUAGGAGGUGUGGAUAAGAAUCCCGAAGGAAUGAAAAUUCGAGGUAAUAUUAAUAUUUGUCUGAUGGGUGAUCCUGGUGUUGCGAAAUCUCAACUUUUAUCCUACAUCGAAAGAUUGGCAAAAAGAAGUCAAUACACGACUGGUCGUGGAUCUUCCGGCGUUGGAUUAACUGCAGCCGUAAUGCGAGACCCUUUGACUGGUGAAAUGAUAUUAGAAGGCGGAGCCCUAGUAUUAGCUGAUCAAGGUAUUUGCUGUAUCGACGAAUUUGAUAAAAUGUCCGAUUACGACCGAACAGCUAUUCACGAGGUUAUGGAACAGCAAACGAUAUCGAUCGCCAAAGCGGGUAUCAUGACAAGACUGAACGCUCGUGUUAGUAUUUUAGCCGCUGCGAAUCCCGCUUUUGGUCGUUACGAUCCUAAAAGAACGAUCGAACAGAACAUUCAACUGCCAGCUGCGUUACUUUCUCGUUUCGACUUACUCUGGUUGAUCCAGGACAGACCCGAUAAAGAUAACGAUUUAAGAUUGGCUCAGCAUAUUACAUACGUGCAUCAACAUUGUAAACAACCGCCAAUGGACAUAGUGCCGGUAUCCAUGAGCGUUAUGCGACGUUAUAUAAAUUUGUGUCAGAAAAUAGUACCCGUUAUUCCGAGACCGUUGACCGAAUACAUCGUCGAUUGCUAUGUGGAAAUGAGGAGGGAAGCUCGAAACACUAAUGAUACUACUUUCACUUCGGCGAGAAACCUUUUGGCCAUUUUACGUUUAUCAACAGCUUUAACUAAAUUAAGAUUGGCCGAAGUAGUAACGAAAGAUGACGUCGCCGAAUCUAUGAGACUUCUAGAGAUGUCCAAAUAUUCCCUCAAGCAUUCCCAACAAAGAAACGAAAACGUUCUACGCCCUAUCGAUCGAAUUUAUCAACUGAUCCAAGAUUUCCGUGGUCAAAGAACUGUAAUUCAGUUGAAAGAUAUUAAGGAGCAUUGUUUCAGUAAAGGUUUUCAAGAAGGCGAUAUCAACGAAUGCAUCGAAAAUUACGAAGCACUGGACGUAUGGAAAGUCACCCAUAAUGCUUUACAUAUUUCAUAAAAAUUUUAUUUAUUUUUUUUAACAAUUUAUUUAAUCGAACAAGUGUUCAUUUUUUAAUAUAACUAUUUAAUUUGUA